AUGUCUAUCGUAUCGAUUUCCGAUGGUGUAGGUUCAAGCUUAAGCAAGAUAUCUUUACGGGAUUUCGCAGCACAGCUUCACAUUGACACCAUUAGUGAAAAUGAUGCCGAGGAUUACCUCACUCUUUUGAGAUCGCUUGAGGCCGUCCUGACAAGCAUCGACAAUGCGCCCGACUAUAUUGCGCCCGAUUUGCUUCCUCAACCUACGCUAGAACCUCGCAAAUUUUGGAAACCAGCUCCAGAAAAAAACCCAUUCAAUGCCUGGAGUCACCAAUGUGAUCUGCAGGCUGUAACUCCGACUAGUAAGAAACUGUCUGGACGUAACGUUGUAACCAAGGACAACAUAUCUGUUGGGGGACUGCCGACGACACUUGGCGCACCACAUUCACUACUUCAUAAGGCCGGCGGGCACCCCGUUGCCCCUAUUGACGCGGUGGUGGUAUCGCGGAUUCUUAGGGCCGGUGGCAUCAUCAAGGGGACCUCGACUUGCGAAAGCUUUUGCGCGUCUCCCUUGUCUUUCACCGGGGGAAGCAGUAGCGGCUCCGUGGUUCUCGUUGCAGCUCAUUGCCUGGCAUCAAAAGGCAGCGACUCGUCAUUCGGCCAAACAGUGGAAUUGGCUAUUGGAACCGACCAGGCCGGAUCAGUACGAAUCCCAGCUUCUUACAAUGGCAUAUAUGGGCUAAAGCCUACCUUUGGCCUGGUCCCAUAUACUGGUGCGGUGUCCAUGUCUCCCAUGAUCGAUCACUUGGGUCCGAUGGCGGCCGAGCUUGAAGAUAUUGCCGCCCUGUUGGAGGUCAUGGCAGGGUAUGAUGGCUACGAUCCCCGGAUGACCCCCGAGGCUCCCUUAGCACAUCAGGUAAAGCCUUACCUAGAAUCACUGUUACAUGCGAGGCAAAGCAUGAAGUCUACGCCAAAUCCCGGUCACAAGUUGAGGGUUGGCCUGCUGAAACAAUCUUUCCACAUUCACGGGGUUGCAAUCGACGUGCGAGAUAUCGUCCACCAGACAGCAACGCGAUACUUUGAAGCUGUCGGGGCUUCUGUCGUCGAAGUUUCUAUUCCAAUGCACCAGCAGGGUCCAGCAAUCUGGACAGCAGCAACCCGGCCUUCGAUGUCGAGUUACCUGUGCCAGGGAAAUCCCUCUGGCCACCUUUCAUUCCUGUCGCCGCAUGCGCAGAUGAAAUGGCCUCCAUCCCAGGAGACAUACGACACACUGACAAGUAAUGACCCCGCUGUAGUCAACAUCAUGCUGAGCGAGAAGCUAGCUAAGAAUUCUACCAAGGCAGGGCUUGAGGCCAAGGCCCAUCGUCUGGUCUUUGCGCUCAGGGCUGCGUAUGAUUCCGCUUUUGAAGGUGUUGAUAUCCUUGUCACGCCUUGUGCGCCGACUGUCGCAAUGCCUCACCCUGAUCCAGAAGGACCUGGUGGGAAAAAGGCCUCGGUUCUGGACAGAAUUGGUGUCGCCGUUGGCUUGACUAGUAACACCUGCCCUUUUAAUGUUACUGGUCAUCCCGCAUUGAAUGUUCCAUGUGGCUUCUCUGCGGCUAAAGGUCAUCCAGAUGUCCCGCUGCCUGUAGGUAUGCAGAUUGUUGCUAGCCGUUGGGCCGAUGAACAGCUCCUUGAGGCUGCGGCUUUGUUUGAAUUGGGACGAGAAAUUUUUCAGUGUACGGAGGGGAUGACAGCAAAUGAACGUUUGUGA